GACAGCCGCUCGAUCGAUGCAAAGGUUACAUUUUAUCCUAGCAUGCUACUUCAAGACGCAUACGCACUGCAGAGCUUACUGAAAUAUAAGUGUUUACAAAAAAUGGUAAAAAUUAGAUUGAUUUCCGUGGCUAUGUAGCAGUUGCCUGAUGGUGGAUGCACUUUUGGGAUUUCGGAUUUGCACGGACGCCCGUGUGUCUGCUCUCUCACUAGUAAAGUGGCUUCAUGAGUGUCCAAAGUAACAGUGGAAGUGGUGGUGGAAGUUUGGAGGCGACGCCAUCUUGGUCGCAGCUAUCCUCGUCCCUAACGAUUUCUCAACAACACAUAACGGCCACCACCAAGACCAAGGAAGGCCCCAUGGAGGAGCUGCACAGCCUGGACCCUCGCAGGCAGGAGCUUCUGGAGGCCAGGUUCAUGGGUGCGGUCAGCGGCAACACCGUAGGAAGCAGCGCCAGCGGCGGGGCCAAGGGUCUGGCCAACGAGUGCUCCAACCACAGCUAUGGCAGUCUCGGCUCUUCCAGCGACAAAGAGUCAGAGAACUCUGAUAUGAAGAGGGGGAGUUCUCCUGCAUAUUCUACCCCUGAGAAGAAGCACUCUGAGUCGCCCAGAGGAAGGAAGAGGAAAGCUGACAUCCAAUCGGAGAACAGCCAGGGGAAGACUUCCACACGGGGGCCCAAGAUCAGUGACUACUUUGAUUUCCAGGGGGGGAGUGGCUCCAGUCCGGUGAGGGCUCUACCCCAGUUCCUCCGCUCACCACAGAACUCCCACCAAGGUGCUCACUCUGCACCUGGCUCUAACAUCAGACAGAACAGCUCCUCUCCUACCAGUCUGUGUUUCGGAGAUCACCUGAUGAACCACAAAGCCUCCUCCAGCAAGUGUGUUCAGACAGAGUUGACAGGUCUGAAACUGGCUGCUCUGGAGAGCAACAAGAGUCUGGACCUGGAGAAGAAAGAGGGACGCAUAGAUGACCUGCUUAGGGCCAACUGUGACCUGAGGAGACAGAUUGAUGAACAGCAGAAACUCCUGGAGAAAUACAAGGAGAGACUGAACAAAUGCAUCACAAUGAGCAAGAAACUACUCAUAGAGAAGAGCACCCAGGAGAAGCAGUCGUGCAGAGAGAAGAGCAUGCAGGACCGUCUCAGACUGGGUCACUUCACCACUGUACGACAUGGAGCCUCCUACACUGAACAGUGGACCGACGGAUACGCAUUCCAGAACCUUGUCAAGCAGCAGGAGGGUAUCAACCAGCAGAGAGAGGAGAUUGAGCGUCAGAGGAAGCUGCUAGCCAAAAGGAAGCCUCCCAACCCCUCCUCCUCCCCCUCCCUCUCCUUAGGAACCACCUCCGAACCCAAACAGCGCAAAGCCAAGGUUGUAAACGGCAAUGACCCCGACCCUUUCCUCAAACCCUCCCUGCCUCAGAUGUUGACUCUGGCUGAGUAUCAUGAGCAAGAGGAGAUCUUCAAGCUUCGCCUGGGACACCUGAAGAAGGAGGAGGCUGAGAUCCAGGCAGAGCUGGAGAGGUUGGAGAGGGUGAGGAACCUCCACAUCCGAGAGCUGAAGAGGAUCAACAAUGAGGACAGCUCAUCGUUUAAAGACCACCCCACUCUGAAUGAGAGGUACCUGCUGCUGUAUCUGCUAGGCAGAGGAGGCUUCAGUGAAGUCUAUAAGGCCUUUGACCUGUUUGAGCAGCGCUACGCAGCCGUUAAAAUCCACCAACUCAACAAGAACUGGAGAGAGGAGAAGAAGGAGAACUAUCACAAGCAUGCCUGUAGAGAAUACCGGAUACACAAACAGCUGGACCACCCCAGAAUAGUCAAACUCUACGACUACUUCUCCCUGGAUACAGACACGUUCUGUACGGUUCUAGAGUUCUGUGAGGGGAACGACUUGGACUUCUAUCUGAAACAGAACAAGCUGAUGUCAGAGAAGGAGGCGCGGUCUAUCGUCAUGCAGAUAGUCAAUGCCCUGCGAUACCUCAACGAGAUCAAACCCCCCAUCAUACACUACGACCUCAAACCAGGUAAUAUCUUGCUGGUGGAUGGGACUGCAUGUGGAGAGAUAAAGAUCACAGACUUUGGGCUGUCUAAGAUCAUGGAUGAUGACAACUAUGGUGUGGACGGCAUGGACCUCACCUCACAGGGAGCUGGCACAUACUGGUACCUUCCCCCAGAGUGUUUUGUAGUAGGCAAGGAGCCUCCUAAGAUCUCUAACAAAGUGGACGUCUGGUCGGUCGGGGUCAUCUUCUUCCAGUGCCUCUAUGGACGGAAGCCAUUUGGCCAUAACCAGUCUCAGCAGGACAUCCUUCAGGAGAACACCAUCCUCAAAGCCACCGAGGUCCAGUUCCCUGCCAAGCCCCAGGCCAGCACAGAGGCCAAGGCGUUUAUCCGGCGCUGUCUGGCCUACCGUAAGGAGGCUCGUUUCGACGUUCACCAGCUGGGCACUGACACGUACCUCCUCCCUCACAUGAGACGCACCAACUCCUCAGGCUCCCUUCAGCCCGCCUCCUCCUCAAUCUCCUCCUACUGAAUGGCUGAUGGACAUGACUGACAGGCCCAACGGUCAAUCCUAUAGCAGAACUGAUCCUAAUAUGGGAAAUGGAGUGGUGUUGGGUAUUCAGAAUCCCCCAGCCGCAGUGAAAGGGACGUGAAUUUGUUUGGCUGAAUAGAAUGGAUGACACGUGAGAUGGGGAAAGAGAAAGACAGAGUGGAGGUGGAGACAGUGCUAAUGUUUCCAAGUAGCUUUGCACUGUGUUCUGAUCCUGAAGGUGUACCUGC